AUGGCGGAGCGUGGUCAACUCCCUUUCCCCGCUAAGCGCCUCUGCUGCAGACCAGGCAAUGGCUUGGCGUGCAGGCUGGGCCAGCGGGUGGGCGGUACUGAACUCGGCAGCGGGGCGCUCUGCGCCGGACCUUCCUCCGCAGCUGCUCCUGUAGCUGCUGCCGCCGCCGCCGCCGCCGCCCUGGGGCUGCUACCGCUUGGCAAGACCCAGAGCCCCGAGUCUCUGCUGGACAUCGCGGCUCGCAAGGUGGCGGAGAAGUGGCCCUUCCAGCAGGUGGAGGAGCGGUUCGAACGGAUCCCGGAGCCAGUGCAGCGCAGGAUUGUCUACUGGUCUUUCCCCCGCAGCGAGAGGGAGAUCUGCAUGUACUCCUCCUUCAACACCGGCGCCGAGGAUCUCGCUACCGCCCCCGGGGGGGCCGUCGCCGGCACCGCGCCGGGCGGGGGCGCGGACACCCCCGCCGUCGACGAGAACCGCCUGCCUUUUCGCAGGGGCAUCGCUCUUCUAGAUGGCGACUGUGUCGAUAAUGUCCUGCAAGUCGGUUUCCACUUGAGUGGCACAGUGACAGACCGUGCAAUGCAAUCGGAGCCAGAAACUCUUUGCAAUGUAGCUAUCAGCUUUGAUCGUUGCAAGAUUACCUCAGUGACCUGUAGCUGUGGAAACAAGGACAUAUUUUACUGUGCCCACGUUGUGGCACUCUCUUUAUAUCGGAUCCGCAAGCCAGAUCAGGUCAAACUGCAUCUUCCCAUUUCAGAGACACUGUUUCAAAUGAACAGAGACCAACUACAAAAAUUUGUACAGUAUUUGAUCACAGUGCACCACACAGAAGUGUUGCCAACUGCUCAGAAAUUAGCAGAUGAAAUUCUUUCUCAGAAUUCAGAAAUCAAUCAAGUCCAUGGUGCUCCUGACCCAACAGCAGGUGCCAGCAUAGAUGAUGAAAACUGCUGGCAUUUGGAUGAGGAACAGGUCCAAGAACAGGUUAAACUCUUCCUCUCCCAGGGUGGAUACCAUGGAUCAGGGAAGCAGCUCAAUUUGCUUUUUGCAAAGGUGCGAGAGAUGCUAAAGAUGAGAGAUUCAAAUGGAGCUCGCAUGUUGACGUUGAUAACAGAACAGUUCAUGGCUGACCCUCGUCUGUCCCUUUGGACACAACAAGGAACUGCAAUGACUGACAAGUAUAGGCAGCUCUGGGAUGAACUGG